AUAGAGAUGUUGUAUGUAUCUUAUAGCUACAAUUAGCCAAGGAGUUGUUCGGUUAUUAGUUCUGAUAAAUCGUGAAUUUAGUUGUGCAAUAAACGCAUUUAGGGUGAUAUUUCUUUUCCAGUUAUUGCUUUUUCAGAGUAGUAUGGAGACGGAUUAUGCGCUGUGGCGACCCCUAACGGGAGCAAGAAGAAAAAAAGGGUGAUAUUUAUACAUGAAAUUGAACUCUCAGAAAUACAUCCUAAAUUGUGGACUGCUCUGAGAAUAUCUUACUCAUCCAGUGACGGUAGCUGAAGCAGAGCUGGAACCGCCAUUACUCCUACUUAUCAAGAACAUAGAGUUCAGUGUCAGUCCUACAUCAAGCAGAACAUUUUCAGAGGAAUAAAUGGUGGAAGAAACUCCUGACUCGAACAGCACCCGUGGCCUCAUUUGCUCGAUUUUUCUUUAGGAAGGUUUCUGGGCUCAUGAUAACGUAUUAGAUAUCAACCAGUGUUUAACUCCUUAAUAUCAUUCUAAUAAUAGAUUGUGCUAAGAGUAACAUUAGGAAGAGUCUUGAUAACAGAACUUUAUAACUUUAUACUUUAUUUUAACUUUUACUGGAGUAAUAUUUACCUAAUGUAUCUCUACUUUUACUCAGGUACAUGUUUUGUUUACUUCGUCCAACACUGUUUAUCAUUACUUUGAAUAUGCAUAGAAAUCAAAUCGUACAAAUAAUGUAACAACGUGCAAAGUUUAGCUCAACACAUUUCAGGUGUAGUAGUGAAAGUGUUCGAUUAUGUUUAUAGGUAUAAAGAGAUAUAAAUAAAGAUAUAUAAAUAAAGUGGCGGAAACGGGCUUCCAUAUCCAGCUGUUCCUUUUUUUUAAUCAAUCUGUUUUUCCUACAAUACUUCUUCGAAACAAAUCUAAAACGAAACCCGUCAUGCCCCAUGCUUAUAAAUAUUUAAUUAUAUGCAAAUUUAUCUCGUCGAGCUUGUCCUGCCUACCUGUCGAGAACAAGUUGCGAUCAUAUGUUUUUGUUUACCAACUUCCUACACAGUCUGUUCAGUAGCUGGGUUAACCGAAUGAACCCAGUGCUGCAGGUUCAUGGAACAGAAAUCAGAAAGUGUCACUUCACAUGCGGAUAGAAACAUCUGUGAGCACGGGCACGCGCUCGAGCCCGACAAAAAGGCGGGGAAAGAAGCUUUGGGACUCUGGCCCAGGUCACUUGUGUGGACAUGGACUUCAACACUGCUGCUGGUCACCUGCCUACUCCAUUGGGCACGAAUGGCCAUGCCAGUUUGUGCAGCGACUAUGGCAAAGCAAUUUGGAUGGAACAAGAAGGAGUCUGGAUUGGUGUUGGGGGUCUUUUAUUGGGGCUAUUGCUUCACACAAGUGUUGGGAGGUUAUGUCAGUGAUAAAAUUGGUGGUGAGCGAGUCCUGAUAAUUUCUACGUCUUCCUGGGCAGUAAUGACAGCCAUAACUCCUCUUCUGGUCAACUUGGGGCUCCCACCGCUUAUCACCAUUACGGUAGCCAGGUUCUUAAUGGGCGUGCUACAAGGUGUUCACUACCCCUCUCUAAACAGCAUCUGUGCACAGCGUGUCGCUGAGGGAGAGAGGGGCUUUCUGAUGAGCAUGUUAGGCUGUGGUUGCUACUUGGGAAUACUGAUGGUAGGGGCACUGGGGUCUGUCAUGCUGGAUUGGCGCGGCUGGGAAAGUGUGUUUUAUGUACCUGGAGUCUUCUCUGUGCUAUGGGCAUUUUCUGUAUGGAGGUGUCUACUCAGAGGACCACUAUUCACAUUUGAUUCUUUAUGGAGUAACACCGGAACUGCAUCUGAAGCAACAAUUUCUCAGAUUACUUGGUGUCAUCUUUUAAAGCAGCCCUGUGUGUUGGCUAUGUUUUUUGCGCAUAUCUGCCACACUAGUGCACAUUUCACACUUCUGUCAUGGCUGCCAACAUUCUUUGAUGAUACAUAUCCCAAUGCAAAGAACUGGGUGUUUAAUGUGAUCCCCUGGCUUGUAGCCCUGCCUAUUUCUGUGUUAGGAGGCUGUGUGUCAGAUUAUCUCAUUAAAGAAGGUUUUGGUGCAGCUACUGUCAGAAAAAUAAUGCAGUUCUGUGCAAUGGGACUCAGCAGUGUGUUCAUUUAUUUAUUGUGUAAAGCUACCACGUUUCUACAUGCGGUGGUCUUUGUCACAGCAGCCUUUGGCUUAUCUACCUUUAAUAGCAGUGGUGUGGCUGUGAAUGUGCAUGAUUUAGCCCCAUCAUGUGCUGGAGCUCUCUUUGGUCUGUCUGCCAUUUUCACAGUGACUAAUAUUUCUGUGUGUUAUGAACACUUGCGCUGCAUUCGCAAGUCUCCUAAUGGUUUACAUCACAGGACACAUGAUUGAAAUCACUGGGUCCUGGCUAACUGUAUUUGGGCAGCUCGUUUUAGUGAACAUUUUUGGUGUGGUUGUGUUUAUAAUAUUUGGCAAAGCAGAGCAGUUAGACCAAGUAGAUCAGACUUCUAAGACGUUCAUCUAAAUACAGCAUUGUCAUGUUACUAACUGUUUCAUGUACAAGGUAUUUCAUUUUGAAAUAUAUUUGCACAUUCAUGAUAAUUUAUUUAUUCAGUGAACUUGAAUGCAACAUAAAUUGAUAAAUACUUUUUUUGUACAGAAGUUUAUAUUUCAGUAUUUAUGUGUAUUAAAAGUAAUACCUAAGAUUUUGAAAUAUACAACUUAUUAAAGCUUUGUUAU